ACUACCGCACCUACCGCAUAUGGCAGCGGUGAGAGUGGUGAGACUUUGAUUUACUGUAGAUGGGAUGUGUAAGUUGGUUUCUUACAUAUAUAGGUAAAAAUGUGUGAUUUCAGUGAUGAUAUUUUUAAUGUGUUUGAUGAAAGUGCCACAGAUCCAGCGCCUGUAGCAACAGUUGAAGAGAAACUACCCAUAAAAGAAGCUGUACCUCAACCAGGAGAGAAUGUUUCUGCUUCACUUGAUAACAAAAUUGGACCACGUGAUAGCAGUGCUGCUACAAAACGUGAUUACGAGGAUGAUGAUGAUGAUGAUGAGGAAGAGGCUGGAAAGAAGGCAAAGACAGAGUCCAUUUUGGAUGACAUAAACAUUAAUGAAAUCUUGCCACGAAUCAAGGUUCAUACAGUGGAAACGCUGGAAGCCUGCACACAUGAAGUUGCUGUGCCCCCUGAGAUGGAAUAUGUCCCCUUAAAACAGAUAACUGGCAAGCCUGCCAAGGAAUACAAGUUCAUUUUAGAUCCAUUCCAGAAAGAGGCCAUCUUGUGCAUUGAGAACAACCAGUCAGUACUUGUAUCUGCUCAUACUUCUGCAGGGAAGACGGUUGUUGCAGAGUACAGUAUUGCAACAUCAUUUCACAACAAGCAGCGAGUCAUUUAUACAACCCCGAUCAAGGCUCUUAGUAACCAGAAGUAUCGGGAAUUCUAUGAAGAGUUCAAAGAUGUUGGACUCAUCACUGGUGAUGUCACGAUCAAUCCCACAGCAUCCUGCCUUAUCAUGACAACUGAGAUUUUAAGAAACAUGUUGUACCGAGGAUCUGAAGUAAUGCGCGAGGUGGGCUGGGUUGUGUUUGAUGAGAUCCACUACAUGCGAGACAAAGAGCGAGGUGUUGUAUGGGAGGAGACACUUAUACUGUUGCCAGACAACGUGCAUUAUGUGUUCCUGUCAGCCACGAUCCCGAAUGCACGCCAGUUCGCUGAGUGGGUGGCGCACCUUCAUCACCAGCCGUGUCACGUUGUCUACACAGACUAUCGACCUGUACCGCUUCAACAUUACCUUUUCCCAGCUGGUGGAGAGGGCAUACAUCUCGUUGUCGAUGAAAAUGGCCAAUUUAAAGAAGAGAACUUCAACACAGCCAUGGCAGUGCUCCAGAAUGCCGGUGGUGCUGCUAAAGGUGAUCAGAGGGGUCGACGAGGAGGAAAUCAGGGAGGUGGCGAUACAAACAUCUUCAAAAUUGUGAAAAUGAUAAUGGAACGACAGUUUGCUCCUGUCAUCAUCUUCAGUUUUAGCAAAAAGGAGUGCGAAAUUUAUGCUAUGCAGAUGGCAAAACUUGAUUUCAAUACAGUGGAAGAGAAGCGGUUGGUAGAUGAAGUGUUCCACAAUGCAAUGGACAUUUUGUCUGAGGAGGAUCGUCAGCUGCCACAAGUGGAGAAUGUUCUGCCCUUGCUUAGGAGAGGCAUUGGCAUUCAUCAUGGAGGCUUGCUUCCAAUUUUGAAGGAGACAAUUGAGAUUUUGUUCGCAGAAGGCUUGAUCAAAGCCUUGUUUGCAACAGAGACUUUUGCCAUGGGCCUUAAUAUGCCUGCCCGAACAGUUCUGUUCACAAGCGCUCGCAAAUUUGAUGGGAAGGAGUCAAGAUGGGUAACUUCAGGCGAGUACAUCCAGAUGUCAGGUCGAGCGGGUCGCCGUGGGCUAGAUGAGAAGGGUAUUGUCAUCUUAAUGAUAGAUGAAAAAGUGAGUCCUGUAGUGGGUCGCAACAUCAUACAGGGCCAGGCUGACCCCAUCAACUCUGCUUUCCACCUGACUUACAACAUGGUCCUGAACCUUCUCCGAGUUGAAGAAAUUAACCCUGAAUACAUGUUGGAACGAAGUUUUUUCCAGUUCCAAAAUCAUGCGGCCAUUCCAGAACUGUAUGAGAAGGUGAGAUCUGCCCAGAAUGCAUUGGACCAGUUGCAUGUUUCACGAGAGAACCAGGUUGCAACAUACUACCAUAUCAGAGAAGAACUGAAAGUACUUAGCAAACAGUUCCAGUCUUACCUCACCAAGCCACAAUACAUUGUGCCCUUCCUGCAGCCUGGGAGGCUGGUGAAGGUAAAGCAUGAAGAGGAUGAAUAUGACUGGGGCAUCAUAAUUAAUUUCAAAAAGCAAACGGAAAACAUGGGAAAUAAAAGGAAAGAGAACCCGUUAAAUGAAUCUCCCAGCAUCGUAGUGGACAUUUUGCUUCAUAUAUCCCCUGGAAGCUGCACUGAACAGCCACGUCCAUGUCCUGUUGGGGUGGAGGGUGACUUGGAGGUGGUACCAGUGUUAAACACACUCAUCACCCAUCUCAGCUCACUCAGAGUGUAUUAUCCGAAAGAUCUAAGGCCACCAGAUAGUCGCAAGUCAGUCCUCAAAACUAUAGCAGAAGUGAAGAAACGAUUCCCAAAUGGAAUUCCACUGCUGAAUCCGGUAACAGACAUGAACAUCAAGGACCCAGUCUUCCAGGACAUUGUGAAGCGCAUAGAGUCAUAUGAGGAGCGACUGUAUGCCCAUCCCUUGCACAAGGAUCCAGACUUGGACACGCUUUAUAAUCUGUACUCGAAGAAACUGGAGAUCUCACAAGAGUUGAAAGUAACGAAACAAGAAUUAAAGAAGGCCAAGUCUUUAUUGCAGAUGGAUCAACUCAAAAGUCUGAAGAGGGUUCUCAGGAGACUGGGCUACUGUACAGCUUCUGAUGUCAUUGAGAUCAAGGGUCGAGUUGCUUGUGAGCUGAGCGGUGCCGAUGAAUUGCUGAUGACGGAAAUGAUAUUCAACGGGAUGUUCAAUAACCUGACUGUACCCCAGUGUGUGGCGCUAAUCAGUUGUUUUGUGUGUGACGAAAAGAGUAACGAAAUGCCAAAGAUGGGUGAGGAAUUGUCUGGCCCGCUUCGACAAAUGCAGGAUUUGGCAAGGAGGAUAGCUCGAGUGAGUGUGGAAGCAAAGCUGGACAUCGUUGAGGAUGUCUAUGUAGAUCAGUUCAAACCAUUUCUGAUGGAUGUUGUGCAUGCUUGGUGCAAGGGUGCCUCCUUCCUCCAGCUGUGCAAAAUGACAAGCAUCUUUGAAGGGAGCAUCAUCCGAUGUAUGCGAAGACUCGAGGAGGUUCUGCGGCAGCUCUGUCAAGCUGCAAAGAACAUUGGCAACACGGAUUUGGAGAACAAGUUCAGCGAGGCAAUUAAAGUCAUCAAGAGGGACAUUGUGUUCGCUGCCAGCUUGUAUCUGUGAUGUCACAACAUCUUGAUGCAAUCUCCAGUUAUGAUUCUUGGAAACUUCAGUGAAUUUCAGUGGAAAAAUCUAAAUUGUGGAUGUAAUGAUUUUAAAUUGGAAACUGAUGAUGUAUUGUCUUAUUGAAUUGAUACAGAUUGAAAAUAAAAAUCCAGUGUGAUAUUUUCUAUGAAAUUAGUCCAUGUGUUUGUUAAGUGUGGGGGAAAAGUUUGCAUGCAGAAGGGAAACAUGAGUUAAAGGAUGGACCUUUUAAUUUGGCUUCUGGAAACAAAAUAUUCUGGGUAUACAGUUUUCCAGGAAAUAAAUGACUCACAUGGCCAGUUAUGUUUAAAUUGGCAUUUUAUUUUCUUGUAAAUAAUUUGUGAAAAGAAAAUUAAUUCAGUUGACAAUUGAAGUUAACUAUGUUUGACUACCUAGCUAUAAACAAGAUGUAAUUUGUUGUAACUGAGUUCAUGCAUUUUAUGUUCGGAGUUUUUAGUUAUUUGUUUCCUAGAGAAAUAUUUUGUGGAAAAUGUUCAUUUGUGGCUCAAUUUAAUAAAUUUGCAUGCAGAUAUUUCAAAAGUUGUCAUGUUUUUAGCACCAUCUGAUGUUUCUGUUGAUUAAUCAUUUACAUAUACAUUAUUUAUUGACUUGUUAAAACAGUAAAUUAAUUUAUAAUAGAAAUGUACAUUGCCAUUCAAAGCAAUAAAUAAUUUUUCUUCCUGUCUUUUC